UUUGAGACGACGCCAUUUCGUGUCCACUGUUUCAAGGUGAUACGAUCAGCCUGCAGAGCCGUUAACGGAUCUUUACUCAAAAACAGCGUUGAAUUUUACUCAUUUUUAGUAUUAAGCUCCUGUUUUUGAAGCCACUUUUUUGAACAGCAGCAAAUCAAAAACAGAUACCUGCUCUUGAUAAUAACAAUUAUGUCACCAUUAUCACCGAAAACUCAGAGGCAGACCUCCAGCGACCUGAUCACAGAUCCAAUGGACCCGAUGGCCAGCAGCAACGUGACCAACAAGACGGACCCGCGCUCCCUCAACUCCCGGGUCUUCAUCGGCAACCUCAACACCCUGCUGGUCACCAAGGGCGACGUGGAGGCCAUCUUCGCCAAGUACGGCAAGAUCGUGGGCUGCUCCGUGCACAAGGGCUACGCCUUCGUGCAGUACGCCAACGAGAGGAACGCCCGCAACGCCGUGGUCAGCGAGGACGGGAGGAUGAUCGUGGGACAGGUGCUAGACAUCAACCUGGCAGGUGAGCCCAAACCUCACCGGUCGAAGACAGUGAAGCGCUCUGCGGGAGACAUGUACAGUUCAUCUGUUGAUUUGGACUACGACUUCCAGAGAGAUUACUACGACAGGAUGUACUCCUACCAGUCCCGCGUGCCUCCCCCUCCCCCGCCCCCGCUGUCCCGCGCCGUCAUCCCCUCGAAGCGCCCGAGGGUGAGCGUGAGCGGGGGGGGCAGCCGGCGGACCAAGACCAGCUUCUCCUCGUCCUCCAAGACCAGCCAGAGGACCUCCCGCGCCGCGGUGAAGGUGGACGACCUGCAGACCAUCAAGAGGGAGCUCACGCAGAUCAAGCACAAGGUGGACUACCUGCUGGAGAGCCUCGAGCGCAUGGAGAAGGACCACGGAAAGAAGUCGGAUAUGAAGAGCUGCAAACCUGAACCAGGUGAGGUGUCCCCCCUCCACUCCUCCACCUCCAGCAAGAAAUGUGACGGAUUGAAACGGAGCAUGAACGACUCGGACGACGAGGGAGAUCUGCUGGAGGAUGACGACGAGAUGAAGAGCAGAGGGAGAGAGGAUGACGAGGAGGAGCCCGAAGAAGGAGAGGACGACGGAGACAGCGCCAACGGAGACGAGUCCUAAGCGACACACACACACACACACACACACACACACACACAGUGUUUAUGUGCUUGUGUCUGCUGAACUCACCGUGUAUACAGCGUAUUGUAGAUAUUGCUUCUUCACACACUUCAAGAAUAUGUCAAGUUAGUCGUUUCUUACUUUUUGUUUUCUGACAUAUUAUAUUUGACUCUUUUCUUUUUCUUUUUUUUAAAGAUAUUUCUGCUAUUGGAUAAAUGCAAACUCUUGAUUUUGUUACAUUGAGACGCAUUUAACAACAUUGUAUAACGUUCUGUUUGAUCUCCAAUAUAAACAAACUGACAGAGGAAUUUUUGUUUUCUGUUUUUACUUUUAUGGAAAAUAUUUAACGACGUCGACGUCGAGACAAAGAGGAAUAAAAACAUGCUCCGGUUUUUAAUUUUUUUCGGUCGGGGGCACAACAGUCCGGGCUUGAAAAAUGUAUUUAAAUUUUUAAAAAAAUACAUUGCUGCUGCACAGCCGCCUCCUCACCAGCAGGGGGCAGUGCAUCAUACCCUUUCUGCUUGUACGACUCUAAGACCAAAUCUCCAUCCUCUGGAAAUAGUUUUGUUUGUUUGCCGAGGUGUCGCGACCUUGAGUGACCCCUGUGAUGCAGUGGCUCCUCCCGUGUGUGUGUGUGUGUGUGUGUGUGUGUCUUUUCUUUUCUUGUCAUUUAACUGCACUGGUGAAAGUGAAUAAACAUGUUUUCCAAGUUG